AUAUAAUUUCACUUAUUUCUAUUGUUUAACUUGUUUUGGUUUCUAAAAUUAUUUUAGGGAAUGUUAUCUAGUGAAACUGUAAUUUCAAUGGCAGACAAUUGUGCUUGCUUGCAGAAAUCAUGCUUCAAACAAGGAAUUCUAAUACUGACCUUAUUUCAGAUCAUUUCACUUGCAGAUUUGAACAGGUAGGGUUUUUAACUUGUGUGAAUGUCUAGUAUUUGGGGUCAGUUCCUCUGAGCCAGGGCUCAAUUUCCAACAGCACAGCUAUUAAAGAGAGUACUAUCCCAAUUUUCUUUUUAUUAAAAAUGCUCUUAUGCCUUUACAUAGUUCUGUUUCUUUAGAAAUUGGAUGUAGAGACAUUUUGUUUAUUGUAUUAUUCCAUUGUCUCCUUUAUUGUGUGUCUUAGGUUUUAUCAUGGUUGAAUAUUCCAAGUAUUUGGUUUGCCUUUUUGUUUUGCAAUGAUAAAAAAGGUCAUUUAUGAAUUUGCUUUGCAGAUGUUAUGCAGUUAUCGGCACAGAACCUCUGUAUGUAUUUUAGGAGAGUUAACGGAAAGUUUGAAAGCACUUAGCCUAUUUGUGGCUUUCGAAUUGAGGUCAUGAACCCUGAAAACAAAAGAGACAAAGAGAAAAGGGAAGAUUUGUUAACUUGCAAAUGUGCAUGUAAGCAUCUUUACAGUGUUUGUCUUCUGAACCAUAGGUUUACAGGGUUACUCAAGAAGACAAGAUGUUUUACAGCCUCUUUCUGACAUAUAUCUUUGAGCUUGUGUAUAUUGGUGCAAGUCUGCUUUUUCAGUCUCCCAGUGUGACUGUGGAUGUGGGUACAAAUGUGACAUUAUCAUGUGAUAUCUCACAUGCAUUUGGUCAGUGCUCCUCUGUCAGGUGGCUACUCUACCAGCCAGUAGGUGGCCUCAGGAUCUACACCCACCUCAGCAGAGGCUUCAGGGCCAUCACCCACGAAGCUCAGCGAGAUACGCAGUGCCUGCUGAAUAUUCCCCAGGCCAGUCUUUCACAUAACGGCACAUUUUACUGUCUGCUGUUGAAUUUAGGGGUGGAUUAUAUGGGUAAUGGAACAGAGCUGACUGUCAUGGACACAACCGACAAGGUGAAGGUGAAUGAAGGCCACAGAAUGAUUUUGGAAAAAGUUAAGGAAUGUCAGUGUUUGAUCCCCUGGGCAGUUUUUGGAGGUGUCUCCCUUCUUCUAUUCAUCUUAACUGUCAUUGCAGUGUGCAUCUGGCAGAGGAGAGGAAUAACUCAGCAAAGAAACAACAAUGCAGCAGGGAAACACCAGCAAUCUUCAAGUGAAACGCAGUAUGCUACCCUUAAGUUUGGACCGGGGAGGCAUGAGGAUAUUACACAUUCCUGUACCUAAGGCUUCUGUAAUGCAACCAUCAUUUUAGCAAAUUCUCAAUGUUACUCAGUCUGGAACAUAAACACGCCACACUUCAGCAGUUUUGCAAGCUUGUUAUUAACAUCCAUUCAUUUGCAUUUAAUUUUACCUUGAGAAUCAGGUCUUUAUUUAGUUUUAGUCCUACAGAAGCCUAAACAGACUGUGAGCCAGUUCUCCGCUAGUGAGCCAGUUCUCCACUAGAAGGCAGUAGAUUACUUCAUUUUGAAUUGCAAGGCUCUACUGUGUACUUAUGUUCUGACUUCUUACGCUGUUUCGCAUUUGUUCUCACUGCCAAUUGACAUGUUUGCAGCCUGUAAUUAAAGCAAGAGAAUACAAGUGA